GUUGUUUUUUUUUCAUCAGGUUUUAUGCUGGUGGUGGACAGCACCGAUCACGAGCGGUUUACCGAGGUACAGGAAGAGUUAGUCACGACCCUGAACGAUUCUCACCUUAGAGUGCUGGUGGUCAUUCUGGCCAACAAGCAAGACUUACUGGAUGUGAUCAGCCCCUCAAACCUUUGCGAUGCUCUCCAACUGCAAGAUCUUCCCAAGGGUCAUCCUUGGCAGAUCCACGCCACGAUUGCCACCAAAGGUGACGGAAUGCAAGAAGCAAUUGUCACUCUCAGGAUGCAGUCCUUGAGGUAGGUCCACAGAGAGCUGACGUCCAAUCCCCCGACUGCCACGAUCGGUUCCACGAAGAAC